AUCUAUUCAAACGCCUACCGAUUCAUCUCAUUGUCGUCCCUCACCAGCACCUCUGCGGAGCGCGCGCGUUCUCAAUUUCUUUCCCGACUUUUCCCUCUCUCUUUUCAUGACAACCGCCUCGUCGACGAUGGAGGACCCCCCGCCUGUCCGCUGGGAUCGAGCCAAAUGGAUUACCGUCUUCAGUAGCCACAGCCCUACCAUUCGCGAGAUCACAGAAUGUUUAGGCCUCUCACGCGCGCCAUCCACAUCCACAACAAACCGCGGCAUCCCCAAGUUUGACGCGCCAGAGUCCAAGAAGAUCUCCAGCGAAGUACAGCGCCUGUCUAAAGAUCUUCCCAAGGACCGCGAUGCCCUUCUCGACUUUGCAGCAGACCCGCAUUCCCUGGACAAUGAACUGAACGAAUUACUCUCCACUUUGGGUCCUGCUAUCUGGGGCAGACACGCAGACCGCAACCGCUUGCUAGUCCCGCCAGACCCAACAAAGAAGACUUACUACAAGGACCUCUACUACGAGGAUCCAGAAGAUCGAGCAAUUCUACAAAUCCACCUUCACCGAUGGGUCAUCAUAAAAGCAUGCUACUAUAUUCGGAACAUGAAGCUCAAACGUACUUCAGCUGCCGACGAAUAUGAGAUUGUUGCUGAUAUUGAUGUCGACUCCCCCGGUCACCAUAGGCUAUUGUCACCAUCCCAAACUCCAAGAUCCGGCACACCCGUAUAUGCUGAAUCGGAUUACGGAACAACUAACCCUGCCAAUCCAUUGAAACGGAAGAGCGACACCUAUAGAUCGUAUUCUGACGGAGAGGACAAUACUGGCUUCGAGAAUAGUUCCACUUUCAAGAGACGGCCGUAUGACAGCGCGACGAUGCCCAUCCAGAGACAUAGCCCGCGCAAACCCAUACCCUCAGCAAGACUCAGUUCUGAAAACAUUCCACCAAGCCUCAGUCCGACCAACCACUUCCAACCGCACAUUAAGCCUGACAAUCCAAACCCAGAUGUCGGCAGGUUGCUUAGUCCUCUUUCCAAUAGCGCCUUGAAUGGAACCUCAAGGCCCCCCAACCCUCCUCCAGCAGCGUUCACAUCCGCCAAUAUCAAUGCCCCGGCCACUAACUUCCCACCUGCAAAUCGCCAAAGUCCGUCGAUUACACCGCCCGGUCACCAUUCCCAUCCUUUGAUUGCGCCCGCCGUGCAACCAGUCUCCGCUCCAAGCCACUACUCCAGUCCUUACUCAACUCCCAUAGCUCCACUUCCUCCAAUUGUCCCUAACCCUUCUGAACCUAGGCCUCUGGAGGGGGCGCGUCCUCCAAUUGCGCCUUCAUCACUUCGUGAUAGUAACCGAAACAGCAGUUCCAGUAUUCAUACACCAGGCCAUACCCCACCUGGUCUUCACGCUUCCACUACAUCAACGAAGUUACCGAGCUUGUUGGCUCCAGCCCUAGGACCGGCAUCAGGGCCGACAUCAGGACCACCAAGUACACAUACUCCUUUCCAUGUACAUGGAAUCGCUCCGUUGUCCCAUGCUCGAGCGCCGUCGCAUACACCUCCUUCAACCUCUACGCACCCCACGCUUCCCGUCAAUGGUGCCGUUCGUGGGCCACCGUCCUUGCCUCCCAGUGGAACAAUCGCGCAUCCGCCACCACCCGCACUCGCUCAGGCACCGGUACCGGCCCUCGCACCAGCACCAGCACCAGCACCGCCGAUGAAUGGAUACGUAGUCCCUCCAAUUCAACACGGCUCGACCAGCUCCCGCCUACCUAGUGUCAAGGACACGACGCUCUUGCAAUGCGAGCUACUAGGACUUCUCAUGAGAUAUUUCUUCCCCCGUAAUGGACCCCCGUGCGAGGAAGGAGAGCUGCUAUACAACCUCGAGUACGUGUGGGCCCAGAACGAACCCGUCUUCGCUCGUGUUAUGGGGACAUUGUUCGAGUAUCAGCGCAGGGUAUUCUUCGCAUGGGUGGACGAGCGACGAAAGAUUAGCCAGCUACAGAACGCAAUGUCCGGCCACCCCAUUCUGCACGCAUCCGAGAUGGUGGAUCGACUACUCGCGAUGAACGACCUGCGGGUGAUGCGACUGAAGUGGAAGGCUAUGAAGUCGCACGACGGAAACAACACUCUAUCGCCCGAAGAUAUCCUUUGCAAGACGCUCGCCACUAUGACCAAGACCGAGGGCACCGAGCAUCUGUUCAAGGACGGGCUGGAUAGAGUCAACGAGAGCAUUUUCGGAUUCCUCAAGUCGGAAGAUAUGAAGAUUUCCAUGCACCUGAAGCAGCAAGCAGAGUAGCACGGCCGGACAAUUGAAACGGCCAGUUGCUAAAGGUGUAAGGUGUUGAGUGGGCUAACGAAAAGUUAGACAGGUUCUUGACGUUUAUAUUUCCUUUGCCGUUACAUUAGGCCUUAUCUGCAUACUUCCUGCAGUCAUUUGUUAAUCUCCUGCAAGCGGCUUCGAUUCUCAUUUUCUUCUGUCUGCAGUCAUUCUGUUUAGCGACGGCGCAAGGGCUUGUUAACCUGUAUAGUAUAUAUUUCCAUUCUCAGUCUUCGACCAACAUUGCUCUGCCGUGCAUAGCAGCGGACUUGAUA